GCUGAAUGAAGCCUGAUUCAGGGGGACCUUCAAAGGGACCACUGCAGACACCAAACCGGAGCCAUGGAGGGCCUUGAGCAGGUAACCCCCGCUCUGCUGUUGUCUGUGAGUGCCGCUGUCAUGGGCUCACUGCAGUUUGGAUACAACACCGGAGUCAUCAAUGCGCCUCAGAAAAUCAUCGAGGACUUCUACAGUGAGACGUGGAGCAGACGCUUCACUAAGCCUAUAUCUCAGCCCACCCUUACUGCCCUCUGGUCCCUCUCUGUGGCCAUCUUCCCAGUAGGAGGCAUGAUUGGCUCCUUCUCUGUCGGGCUCUUCGUCAACCGCUUUGGCAGGAAAAACUCCAUGCUCGGGGCAAACAUCCUGGCAGUGCUGUCUGCAGUGCUGAUGGGUUUCUCACAGCUGGCCGGGUCCUUCGAGAUGCUCAUAGUGGGCCGCUUCAUUGUGGGUGUAUUCUGUGGACUGUGUACAGGCUUCGUGCCCAUGUAUGUGGAAGAGAUCUCCCCGACCUCUCUACGCGGAGCCCUGGGGACGCUACACCAGCUGGGGGUGGUGCUGGGCAUCCUGCUGGCCCAGAUCUUGGGCAUAGAGUGGCUCCUGGGCGGCUCUUCGCUCUGGCCUCUGCUUCUGUCCUUCACGGUGCUACCUGCACUGCUGCAGUGUGCCCUGCUGCCCUUCUGCCCCGAGAGCCCCCGAUAUCUGUUUAUCAACUGUGGCCAGGAAAGCGAGGCCCAUGAAGUUCUGGUGAAGCUGCGUGGCACAGAGGAGGUGGGUGAGGACCUACAGGAGAUGAGGGAGGAGAGCCAGAGAAUGCAGAGGGAGAGGAGCGUGUCCAUCCCAGAGCUGCUGCGCUCGGCCCAGUACAGACAGCCCCUGAUAGUGGCCGUCUUGCUGCAGUUGUCCCAGCAGCUGUCUGGCAUCAACGCGGUGUUCUACUACUCCACUGGGAUUUUCGAGAGGGCAGGGGUCUCUCAGCCUGUGUAUGCCACCAUUGGAGCAGGAGUGGUCAACACAGCUUUCACCGUCAUCUCUCUGUUUGUGGUGGAGCGGAUGGGCAGGAGACCUCUGCACCUCAUAGGCCUCAUGGGGAUGGCCGUGUCUGCAGUUUUUCUCACUGUUGCCAUGGUGCUGACGGAGAAGCUCAGUUGGAUGUCCUAUAUCAGCAUCGCAGCCAUCUUCAGUUUCGUAGCCUUCUUUGAGAUCGGCCCUGGGCCCAUCCCUUGGUUCAUUGUAGCGGAGCUCUUUAGCCAGGGGCCCCGACCUUCUGCCAUAGCAGUUGCUGGCUUUUCCAACUGGUCAGCCAACUUCCUGGUUGGCAUGUGCUUCCAAUAUGUAGAGCAACUGUGUGGGCCGUACGUGUUCAUCAUCUUUACCGUGCUGCUGCUGGGCUUCUUCGUCUUCACCUACUUCAAAGUCCCCGAGACCAAGGGCCGCACAUUUGAGGAGAUCUCAGCAGGCUUCAGGAGGUCAGGAGGAGCAGACAAGUACAGUGCUGCAGAGGAGUUCAACACACUACACGGAGAGGAUCCAGACCUGUGAGCUGUCGGUGAGACCAGACUCACCUGGACAUGUGGCUAUAGGCAGUGUACCACUUUAAGACCAUAGAUGAGAGAUUAAUCCCACAACUCAAAGCUAUUGUCUUCUGUAUAUUCGCCAAAUGCUGUACCAAAUGAGGUGUAAAGAAAA